AAAGUGGAAGAGGUGACGUCAGGCAGGCGAGCGGGAGAAAGGAAAGUACCCUCAAACAAACCUAAGCUUGACUUGAAUACACGACAAGAAAAUCGGUCCAUUUUCCAAUCGGUUUUUCUUUUUAAAUCUGGGCGGGCAUCUGGAACGAAGGAGCGAAGGAGGCUUUGGAAGAGCCACCGGGGUUCCAGCUUCUGUUUGAUGGCAGCUCCAAGCUUACAGCACCCUGGCUUCCUCCUGGCCAACCUCAAAGUGGACUCACCCAACAAGACUUUGGCUCAGCGAUGCCAGGACCUCAUCAAGAUCAUUGAUGAUUAUCAUGCAAAGGAGCUGCACGCCAUCUUCUCCUGGCUGGUGGAGAGCGUCUUUGGAAGUCUGGACGGCGUCCUGGGAGGAUGGAACCUUCGCCUUCUCCAUUCGCGAUGCGGCGACUUUGCACCAAUUGUGGACUUCCUGAAGCCUAGUGGGCCCAUGAUGAAACUGGUCUACAAACUUCAAGCAGAGGAAUACAAAUACGAAGUGCCCGUCAAUUAUCUGCCGGCGCCGGUGAAGACAUCCAUCCAGGAAGGUGUCCUUCCCGACUGUCCGCUCUUUCACAACCGACCACACUUUCCCAUGUCUGGCAUACUGACUCUCAACAUGGCGCUGAAUCCGUUUGAGUUCUUCAUCUUCUACUUUGCCUCCUGCCUUAUUACGCCUAAGAACUUGCCUGGGAGCCAACAUGUCGGGACUACUGACAGCGCCUACUUUGUGCUGGCGGACAUGUACCUCAAGUACUUCCUGCCUACUGAAGGAAGCGUGCCCCCCUCACCGUUUUCAGACAGCAAGGGCUCCGUCAGCACGCCGGCUCAGAGGUCGGCCAACAUCUCGCUGGUGGGACACGGCCUCCACAGUCCCAGUCUGCUGAAGCAUCACAUCUUCCUUCAGCCUUCCGUCAACGCCGACCCCGCCGCCCAGGAAAUCUGGAGGUCUGAAACGCUGCUGCAGAUGCUGGUAGAGGUGUGGCUGCAUCACUAUUCUUUAAAGAUGUACCAGAAGCUGCAGUCGCCCCAGGUGAAGCUGGCGCUGCUCCAGUACCGCCUCAGUAUGUCCAGCAUGCCGUGCCAACCGCAUAUCCCGCCAGGCCCGGGGAGCCUCCACACAUACCAAGAGCCAUUCAGUCCGAGCGAGGAGCACGUCUUGGCCGUGCGUCUGCUGGUCAAACACCUGCACGCCUUCUCCAACAGCCUGAAGCCGGAGCAGCCGUCGGCCUCCCCGACCCACUCGCAUGCCCAGGCCGGCCCCUUGGAGGAGUUUAAGAGAGUUGCGCUGCAGCGUUUUGUGCAGCAGAAGCUCUUCUUGUUCCUGCAGCACUGCUUCGGCCACUGGCCUCUGGACGCUUCCUUCCGAGCGGUGCUGGAAACGUGGCUGAGCUUCAUCCAGCCGUGGAGGUACGCUGGUGACAAGAGGGCCCCCCUGCCGGCGGACAGCGGCCGAUGUGACCCUGACAAAUGGGAGUCCUUUGUUCAGGAGAACCUGCUGGUUUACACCAAACUAUUCCAGGUGUUCCUCAACAGAGCCGUGCGCAUGGACCUGGUCAACGCCAAGAACGCGCUGAUGCUCUUCCGAGUGGCCAAAGUCUUCUGUCAGCCGGACCUCGCGGACAUGAUCCACAAGGCCGAGCAGCUGUUCCUGGAGCCGGAGCUGGUCCCCCAUCACCGGCAGCCGCGAGGCUACCUGACUCCCGGGCAGGGAGGCAGCUUCCUAUCGUCACGGCAACGCAUCACCACCGACGCUGUGUUCCGGGUCAAGAGUCAUGUGUACGCCUUGGAAGGCCAGGACUGCCAGUACAAGCAGAUGUUCGGCCCCGAGCUGCGGGCUGCGGUGGUGAGAUUGAUCCAGGUGGUCGCGCAAGCCAGACACACGGCCAAACGGAUCUCGGACCGCUCCUGCCAAGCGGCGGCUAGCAAGUCUUUGCUGUCAUGGUUGACCGCGCCGUCCUCAGAUUCCAGCAUCGGUCUUUGUGGCGUCGAGGCGGACGAGAACAACGAGUGUCUGCGCAAGACUCACGAGUUCUUGGACCGAGCGCUGGAGAACCUGUGCACUGUCUUCAAGCUCAACCAGGGUCAGCUGACUCAGCUCACGGCCAUCUCCACAUCUUCUGAGGAUGACGGCCAGUCCGAGCGGUUGCCCGACUGCGUCGUGGGAGACCGUGGCCUGGUCCUCACUGAUUUGGGAAGGAUGCAGAUCAUCAAUGGACUGCGCAGGUUCGACAUUCAGUUCCAAGGUGACCCGGAGCUGCAGCCCAUCAGGAGCUACGAGAACGCACUGCUGGUCAGGUUCUUGUACCGGAUGUCGUCACUGCUCAACGCCCAAUUUGAAGGCCCCUUGACUGAGCUGUGCUCGCGGACGGACUUUGCCGGUCGCCUGUGUCAGCACUACCUGACAAGCCCCGACCCCGCAGUCCUGGCGAGGACUCCUGGGUCCCCUCGGUUCUGGGACAGGAAGCGGCGAGUUGGCGUCAGCUUGCGUCCGCUGGCCAGCUACAGGACCAUCCUGCUCCUGGGCUUCGCCUACGCUGCCGGGGCCUUCUUGUCCUUCGGUCCCGUGUCUAGCACCCUCCUCAUCCUUGCUGCCGUCUUCCUGCACGGGGUGGCCGUGAUGUUGUGGGCGGAGAAAUGGAAGAGACACUAGCCCGACUGGUACACAGGAUACCAGAGUCAGCCCCUUUCAAAGGGGCGGCCAUUUUCAUCACAAACACUCAAUAAAAUGCAGCAUUUUGGAGCCA